UUAUUUUCUGCAUUACUGUCAUAUUAAAAUGGGCGUAGGAGAGUUCAGUUACAGGAUUUCUAUCUCAACUCUAAUAGUCGUCUUUCCGCUCCUUUUUGUCUUCAGGCUUGCUCAAGGUCAGUUACACGUGGUUGGAUCCCUUCAGCCUGUUGUAGCAGCUCCAGGUGAUGAUGUCAUCCUGCCCUGUCAAGUGGAACCAGCAUUUAACGUGGCGAGGUUGACGGUGGAGUGGUCAAAGCCGGACCUCCGUCCUGACCCCAACGACCGGCUCAGCCGAGUGGAUUAUGUUCAUCUUUACAGAGACGCCCACGAGGUCCCCGACAUGAAGCUCCCAUCGUACAUCGGGAGGACGGCGUUGUUCACAGACAGCCUGAGAGAAGGAAACAUCUCACUAAGAAUCACUAAUGUGACACAAGAAGAUGAAGGAAGAUACAGAUGUUUCAUCCCGAAGUUAAAGAGUCAAACAAGGUUUUCAAUUGUUCGUCUGAUUGUUGACCCAAGUUUAACUGAAACUGGGACAACAAAGGCACAACUGGAUCCUGAAAAUUUCCAUGUUCCUGAUUUAAAUGAAGAGAUAGAUAAUAAAGGUGGUUCGUCCGAGCGGUGCCGACUGAUUCCAGUUGUGGUUCUCUGUGUGUUUAUUCUUCUGUGCUUCGCAGUUGGAGGAUGUUUGAUCACAGAGUCACAAAAAGCAGAACUCAAGAAACUUCCAAUCUAAUUGCUUUGUGCAAGGGCGCAUUGGAACUGUUAACAGAGAAGAGUGCUGCCUACGUACCUGCGGAUCUUUCAUAUGUGUUUGAAGAUUCGAAGCAUUAACUCUUCCAGCCUCUUCUGGACACAGUGGACGUGUCCCAUAAUCUGUUUGGACCCAAAUGAACUUUAACUCCUGUAAAUGAUGACCGUGUCUUCAGUGACUGGUCAGCUGAUGUCAAGUAGUUUCGAGUGCAGAAACAGGAUCCAUCAUCUGAGCCAAAGUUGAACUCUGGCUUCAGAGUAUACGGUUACUUUAAAUCUGUUGAAGUGAUGUGUUGCAGCACUUUGUGUUUUACAUGUCGACACUAAAGCUGAAUUUGUUUUUGUUACUUUUAUGUUAAGUUAUUUUGCUCACAAGGAAAGAUUUAGCUCUGUUCACAUAACUUUGCACUACAUAUAACGUGACUUCAGUGUUUUGCAUAUAUACACACUUGCAGGAUAUAUGAAAAACUGAGGAUUGGUGGGAACUGAGGGGAGUUUUGUGUUUGUGUUUUUUUUAAAGAGUCAAAUCCAGCAGUAAUGUAUUGAGACAGCCUGGAGCUGUAGGUGCUUUUUCAUCUCUUAGUUUUCUUAUAAUGACACAUUGUUUCUGUAUCAGUUUUAGGAUUUCAGUAUUUGGAUGUCAUUUUAGAGGUAUGUUUCCUUUAUCAGGAAGAACUUUUCCAUCCUCUGAACUCUAAAGUGCUUUUCAGUUACUUAACACUGACAAUUAACGGGCUUUUGAGCCACGCAGCUAUAUUUAUGGAGAAAAGAGCCAAUAUCAUCAAAGUUAAAUAUUCAUUGUUCUGUUUAUUUGAGCUUCUUCAUAUUUAAAUUCUUAAGAAAUUGGUCUUUUUUUUUUAAACGAUUGUUCUGAUUUUUGAAGUUUGAAACUCUUGUCACUCCUGCAUUAUCAAAUGAAUUUAUGUGAUAUUUGAAACAGUGUUUAUUCGGUUUCAUGCAACAAAAAACAGCCACAUAAAGUGCAUUUCCAAGUGAUUGCAGUGUGUUUGCAUCAUAUAUUCAGUGAUUAAAAUCUGUUCUGGAGUUCAGCUGUUACAUCACAUGAUAGGCAUCUUAUGUUGUGUUAGCAUCAAGGAAUCAUGGAUGAGUAAUGUGGGUGAGAAUGUGAAGUCAGCACAUAGGUCAUAGCACUGUGUUAGCUUAUGGCAUCAGUGUUUUAUCUAAAA